CUAGUAGCAACACGCAACUGCGAACAACUAUAAAAACUGUUGUCACGACUGAAGCCAGUCACACUGCGUCAGGAUGAAGGCGCGGGUCGUCAUUCACUUCCUUUGCUUUGCCUUGACCGCAACAAUAUGUGCUGGGCAGUCUACGAACUUGGGUAUUCCAGACCUGCCUGGUAACUGGACAGGAAAUGGAACAGACAUCCCAGAACCACCUGGUAACUGGACAGGAAAUGGAACAGAUAUCCCUGAACCACCUGGUAACAGGACAGGAAAUGGAACAGACAUUCCAGAACCGCCGGGUAACUGGACAGGAAAUGGAACAGACAUUCCAGAACCGCCAGGCAACUGGACAGGAAAUGGAACUGACAUUCCAGAACCACCUGGUAAUUGGACAGGAAAUGGAACAGACAUUCCAGAACCGCCAGGCAACUGGACAGGAAAUGGAACUGAUAUUCCAGAACCACCUGGUAAUUGGACAGGAAAUGGAACAGAUAUCCCUGAACCACCAGGCAACUGGACAGGAAAUGGAACUGAUAUUCCAGAACCGCCAGGUAACUGGACAGGAAAUGGCACCGACAUUCCAGAACCGCCAGGCAACUGGACAGGGAAUGGAACAGAUAUCCCUGAACCACCUGGUAACUGGACGGGAAAUGGCACAGACAUCCCAGAACCCCCAGGUAAUUGGACAGGAAAUGGAACAGAUAUCCCUGAACCACCAGGUAACUGGACAGGCAAUGGUACAGACAUUCCAGAACCACCUGGUAACUGGACAGGAAAUGGAACAGACAUUCCAGAACCGCCAGGCAACUGGACAGGAAAUGGAACUGACAUUCCAGAACCACCUGGUAACUGGACAGGAAAUGGCACCGACAUUCCAGAACCGCCAGGCAACUGGACAGGGAAUGGAACAGAUAUCCCUGAACCACCUGGUAACUGGACAGGGAAUGGAACAGAUAUCCCUGAACCACCAGGUAACUGGACGGGAAAUGGCACAGACAUCCCAGAACCCCCAGGUAAUUGGACAGGAAAUGGAACAGAUAUCCCUGAACCACCAGGUAACUGGACAGGCAAUGGUACAGACAUUCCAGAACCACCUGGUAACUGGACAGGCAAUGGUACAGACAUUCCAGAACCACCUGGUAACUGGACAGGAAAUGGAACAGAUAUCCCUGAACCACCUGGUAACUGGACAGGAAAUGGAACAGACAUUCCAGAACCACCUGGUAACUGGACAGGGAAUGGAACAGAUAUCCCUGAACCACCAGGUAACUGGACAGGAAAUGGAACAGACAUCCCAGAACCCCCAGGUAAUUGGACAGGAAAUGGAACAGAUAUCCCUGAACCACCAGGUAACUGGACAGGCAAUGGUACAGACAUUCCAGAACCACCUGGUAACUGGACUGGAAAUGGGACAGAUAUCCCUGAACCACCUGGUAACUGGACAGGAAAUGGAACAGACAUUCCAGAACCACCUGGUAACUGGACAGGGAAUGGAACAGAUAUCCCUGAACCACCAGGUAACUGGACAGGAAAUGGAACAGACAUCCCAGAACCCCCAGGUAAUUGGACAGGAAAUGGAACAGAUAUCCCUGAACCACCAGGUAACUGGACAGGCAAUGGUACAGACAUUCCAGAACCACCUGGUAACUGGACAGGAAAUGGGACAGAUAUUCCUGAACCUCCUGGUAACUGGACAGGAAAUGGAACAGAUAUCCCUGAACCACCAGGUAACUGGACAGGAAAUGGAACAGACAUUCCAGAACCACCUGGUAACUGGACAGGAAAUGGAACAGAUAUCCCUGAACCUCCAGGCAAUUGGACAGGAAAUGGAACUGAUAUUCCUGAACCGCCAGGUAACUGGACAGGAAAUGGAACAGAUAUCCCUGAACCACCAGGUAACUGGACAGGCAAUGGUACAGACAUUCCAGAACCACCUGGUAACUGGACAGGAAAUGGGACAGAUAUACCUGAACCACCAGGUAAUUGGACAGGAAAUGGAACAGAUAUUCCAGAACCACCAGGUAACUGGACAGGAAAUGGUACUGAUAUCCCAGACCCUCCAGGUAACUGGACUGGAAAUGGAACAGGUUUGCCACUACAAUCUGGCAACUUGGCAAGUAGCACAUCCAGUAUGCCUGCUGGACCAUCUAACUCUGUUGGAAGUGAAACGAAUAAUCCAGGUUCUCCAGAGUCACUGCAAGAGUUUCCUCCCAGUCUUAAUAUGCCAUGGAUUAAUCUUUUGCCUCACAGAAUAGAAAAUCUUCCUGCCUUCAAUCCUGGACUGAACCCAAUUUUUAAUUUUCUUCGUACUAUACAACAGCUGAAUAACAGACGUCCCUUCUUCGUAAUAUAGAACGCAAUGAUUUUAUUGCUGUUAGUCCAUGUAUGUUCUCUGUAGUGCAUAUGAAUGAAUACUGGAUUCAGUGUUCAAGUUUGGUUGUUGUAUUGCCUUUAUUGUCUCUUGACAAACACUUAGUCUCAUGAUAUUUUCCUCCCAAGUACCCUUUCUUCAUGAAUUAGUUUCUGGUAUCCCACAGUAACAUUUCAGUAAAAUUUGUCUCUGUGAAUUUUCUUUUCUUUCUGUUGUUUGACCAAAAAUUGAGCAUGCCAUGAAGAGGUAUUAAAUUCAUUCCUGCAAUUACGGCAAAACGACAUAUUAUGUCCUUUAUGUUGUUUGGAGAAUGUUGUUUGGGAAUGAAGCGGUAUUGCUUUUGGAAAAUAUGUUCAGAAUUCUUUAUUUUUUAUUUUCGAUUCAAUAUUCACAAUAAAGUAUGUGUAAUAAGUAUUGUAUUACUCUACUGUUCUGGCCUUAAGGUUAGUGGCAGUGUGAACCAACUCCAAGGAAUGACUGGUAAUAAAAUCGUUGUUUACUUGA